GUGCCACCGCCACCCGUCAUCUUCAUAACUGACCACACCACGCUACCCCCAACAGCCACCCGGUACAUUUGCGGUAAUAACGACAUCGUCUUCCCAACUGCCUACACGCAGAUCAAGUCCCUUCUUUCCCAUCCAGCCUGUCCGCACCGCGAUAGGUCAUACAGUUGGUCCUGUCACUCCUGCGAAUCCACCUUUACAACCAAGUACUGGUCCUGCGCCGCGAUCCUCCUCGAUUACUUCGCCGAUUUCUAUCCCGACGAUACUCCUCUCAUGCAGUCGAUAUGGUUCCAUCUCCUAGAUAUCUGGCAAGAAAACGCGUCACGUCUUCCGUACGAAGCGGUGCUGGAAGCAGCCGAGGCAGCUGCAGCCAUUGGAGCAGAGCUUCCGGGCGCGAACCAUGCUAGGGCAUUUGAGAAGAGCGUUAGAGAUACAAUUUCCCUAUUCGAGGUUACGAUCUGGGGGCGGAGGGAGUCCACGGGUGAUCAGGUCAUUUACGACCCUAGGGGUGAGGCGUGGUGUCCUGUGGGCGAGUAUGAGACGGGGCCUUGGGUCAGUGGGCUGAAGCCCUGGGCACAGUUCCUAGGGGAUGGAGGCGUGGGCGUUGCGCCGCCGUCCAAUGGUCGUGUAGAUGUUACGAAUGAGGAAGAGGAUAACGGAAAUGGCACUAGAGGUGUCUCCAAGCAAAGGACAACAACAAGAUAUAUUCCCCUCCCAGCCCUCGGCCUCAUACAAUCACACACCGAACGCGCCCGCGACUUAGCCGUACAAAUCUUCAACAAACAAGACCCCGAUGUCCUUACCCCUUCUCUCACGGAAUUCGACGCGCACGAUCUACCGAUGCCUGUCUCACGCAACGAAUCUCAUUCGUACAUCUCGAAGAUUACGGGCCUGGAAACAAGUUAUACCUUGUCGAAUGGCGCCCCGCCUGUAAUGAGAUAUGAGGGGCUGGGUGAUCCACAGAUGGUGCUGAAAGGGGUGACGGAUUGGAGUUUACUAGAUGAGUGUGUGGCAAGUUGUAGAGGAGUGGACGCUUACGUGCCGUUUAGUGGUGGUAGUUGGAAUGAUGAUAUGGAGGAUGGUGAUGAGGAAGACCAAGAGGAUGGGUUUGACAUGUGGACCUUGAUUGAGAGAGGGACAUCGGAAGAGGGUAGUAAAGCGUUGGAUUUGAGGGACAUGUUUGACACAUGGUGUGGAGUUGACGAGAUU